AUGACGACGUAUGCAAAGCUCAUGGAUGACCCGAUAGAAAUUACGAAGAGAAAGAAAAACCCGAAAAUUAGAAUAGGAACAUGGAAUGUUCGAGGAACAUAUAGCGAAGGAAAACUCAAACAAAUAGUUCAAGAAUUACAAAGCGGAAUUGACAACAGAGAACUAGGAACAGGAUUCAUGGUGAAGAAGAGCCUGAAAGGAGCAGUAAUUACCUUCAAACCAAUCUCAGAAAGAAUAAGCUAUAUAAGAUUGAGAAAAUAUUACGAAGAACUAGAAAGAGAAUAUGUGAAAAUACCAAAGCAUGACAUUAAAAUGGUUAUAGGAGACGCCAACGCAAUGAUAGGUAAAGAGAAUUGCUACAGGCCAACAAUCGGGAAAGAAAGCAAACACCAAAAAACGAAUCAAAAUGGAGAAAAACUGAUAGAGUUUGCAGAAGAAAAUAAAAUGGUAGUCAAAAGCACCUUCUUUGCGCAGAAAGAGAUCUACAAAGGCACAUGGAUGUCGCCUGACGGAAAAACGGUCAACCAAACAGACCACAUACUGGUAGAAAGGAGAGAUGCCCAACUAAUAACCAGAUUAAGAAGCUACAGGGGAGCAGAAGCGAAUUCAGACCACUUUCUAGUAAGAUCAGACCUCAAACAAGAAAUACCGAAGAAAAAAGAAGGAAAGAAGACACAACGCGAUAUAAAUGACGUGAAAAAAGAGAAAAGAGGCUAUCAACCACGAGUAAUAUAUUGUAAAGACAAGGAUGGCAACCUGAUAGGAGACGAACAAGCAAGAAUAAAACGAUGGGCAGAAUAUUUUGAAGAGCUGCCAAACGAACAGGAUACACAGCAAGAUACGAACGAAAGAGUGAACGACUCGGUUGACCCAGAUGAAACAAUAGAAAUUGACGAAGGAGAGAUCAGAGAAACACUAAGGUAG